AUGCUUAUCACUAUCAUCAGUAUAGUUACCUUGGCCCUUGCGGCUACCGCUGAUGCGCGUUAUGGGCGUGGUGGUCCACUCUCUACGAGCCAGCGCUCGCCAAUCCGCUCCGGGAUCCUCUCCAACUUCCCGGACCCUUCGCUGCACUACCUCAAUGGCACAUGGUAUGCCUUCGCGACCAACGAUGCUGCUAGCAUUGAUCCUGUCAGAGGCGCCACUGCUUCCGAGACCUUUGGACAGACCAAGGUGCAAAUGGCAACCUCGACCAACUUCAUGAACUGGACCAUCGCUCCUCCCUCGCAACAACCUCUUCCCACCCUUGGCGCUUGGUCGGGUCUCAUCCAGCUGAACGGCAGCUCAGACCACGACAAUCUUCCGAAUACCUGGGCACCGGCCGUUGUCCGCCGAAACGAUGGCAGGUAUGUCAUGUACUACAACGCUCCAGCAUCGACAAACCCAUUUCCUCAACAACCACAUCCUCACUGCGUUGGAGCCGCGUUGUCCAAGUCGAACGACCCGGCGGGCCCGUACGUCCCAGCAAACACCUCUUUUGCAUGUGCUCCAGAGCAAGGCGGCACCAUCGACGCCGAAGUCAUCAAAGACGCUGAUGGCACGAUCUGGUCUAUGUGGAAGGUCAAUGGUAACAGUAUCGGCUCUGGAGGAGAGUGCGGCAAUGCCAUCCCGCCCCUUCGUCCGACGCCCAUCAUGCUCCAGAGGAUGCUCUCCGACGGAAUGACGCCUGAUGGCGGUCCUAUCCGAAUCCUCGACCGCAUCGCCUCCGACGGUCCAUUAGUCGAAGCUCCGAAGAUCAUCCGCGUCGAGAAUACCAGUGGCCGAAAUGGAAGUGAUGCAACCUAUUUCCUCUUCUUCUCCUCUGGGUGCAUGCAGUCCCCCGCAUACAGCGUCAAGUACGCCACCUCGAAGAGCGUCACGGGUCCGUAUGUGCGUGCGAAGGAGACUCUGCUCAAGACGGGGGCGUGGGGACUGAUGGCGCCCGGAUCGGUUGGAAUCGCUCAGGACGGGGAUGGGGAUUGGAGGAUGGCUUUCCAUGCGACGAUGUGGGACGCGAAGUUGGGGCCUGUGAGCGCGAUGUUCACGACGGGUCUGGAGUUCGAGGGGGAGAGAGUGAAGUUGGUGGAUGUUGAACAGGAGUGA